GGCCCGCCGGGGCGGGCAACGGCGCCGUUGCGGCCAGGGCGGGCGCGGCCGGCUGCAGCUCGAUAGGGGCCGCCAGGGGCUCGCCCGUGAAGGCCUCCCCCCUCGGCAGCGCCGCGGCCGCGGCGCGCCUGGUGGCGAGGUCGCCCUCGGCGCCCUCGGUGCUGGCCUCUCCCAGCCGCCCCACGCGCGGCAGCGUCACGCCCCCGCUGCUGCAGAGCCCAGUGCUGCGAGCGUUCGGGACCGCGCCACCCCGGCGCGGGGGGAGCAGCGCGGACGGCUGGGGCGCCACGGCCAGCGCAGGCACCGCCAGCACCGGCAGCGGCGACACGCCGCGCAACCUGACGGACUGGCGGAAGUCGCUGGCGCUGGCGAGGCGCCAGGACGGGUCGACCUCGGAGCGGCCGUCGCUCCGGCAGCAGGCACAGCAGCAGGGCGCGCAGCAGCCGCAGCUGCCGCAGCAGCAGCCGGCGGUGCCGCAGCCGCAGCAGCUGGCGGCGCUGCCCUCGCAGCCGCAGCAGCUGGCGCAGCAGCCUUCGCAGCAGCAGCAGCAGCGCCUGCGGCCGUGGCGUUGACCGCACGGGGGGGCCGACGCUGGCCUCUCGGUCGCUGGGUGCCGAUCCAGCUGUUCUUCCUCCAGCGGGAUGCCAUGGCCCACGCCGAGUUUGCAAGGCGCGCCUGGCAGCCGCAUUUGGCGUUAUGCCUUCUACUUGCGCACGGACCACCUGGCUCAGCCUUUCCUGAUUGCGG